AAAAUGAAUGACGCAACUGGACGCUCACCAGGAUCAUUCUGCGCGUGAGGUGAACGUGCACAGUCCCCGCCGCACGCUCAUCGCCAGCAGCCGGAUCUCUGUGCCCUUCUGCCUGUCCAAGUCCAAGCAGCCAUCAUGUCUAAAGGAACGUGGCGGACUCGACACGUCCUGCAUUCUGGUGUGGCUCAAGGAACAGGGCUACGACGUCAUCACGUACUUGGCCAACAUUGGACAAGAUGAAGAUUUUCAAGCUGCCCAGAAAAAGGCGGAAAGCCUUGGCGCAAAGAAGGCUAAUGCGGUGUAUGAAGACCGCUACCUGCUGGGCACCGCCAUUGCCAGGCCCUGCAUCGCCCGCCGGCAGGUGGAGAUUGCCCGCAGGGAGGGCGCCCAGUUUGUCUCCCAUGGAGCGACCGGGAAGGGGAAUGACCAGAUCCGCUUUGAGCUCACAUGCUACGCCCUGUACCCAGAGGUCAAGAUUAUCGCACCGUGGAGGAUUCCUGAGUUUUACAACCGUUUCAAGGGGAGGAAGGACCUGAUGGAGUAUGCUCAGAAACACGGCAUUCCAGUGCCCGUCACCCCCCGAGCACCCUGGAGCAUGGAUGCAAACCUUAUGCAUAUAAGCUAUGAGUCUGGCAUCCUGGAGAAUCCCAAGAGUCAUGCUCCUGCUGACCUGUAUCUGAUGACCAAAAACCCAGAAGAUUCUCCCAGUACCCCAGAUGUGCUGGAGAUAGAGUUCAAAAAUGGGGUGCCAAUGAAAGUGAUCAACGAGAAGGAAGGAAAAACCAAACAGACGCCACUGGAAAUUUUCUCCUACCUGAACGAGAUCGGUGGAAAGCACGGAGUGGGUCGGAUUGACAUUGUGGAGAACCGUUUUAUCGGCAUGAAGUCACGAGGGAUAUAUGAAACUCCUGGAGGCACAGUCCUGCUGGAGGCCCAUUUGGACAUUGAAACAUUUACCAUGGACAAAGAGGUGCGGAGGAUCAAACAGGGACUUGGCAUCAAAUUCUCUGAACUUAUCUACAAUGGUUUCUGGUACAGUCCAGAAUGUGAUUUUGUGCGUCACUGCAUUGCCAAGUCGCAGGAGAAUGUGGAAGGCAAAGUACAGCUGUCUGUCUUCAAGGGGCAGGUCUACAUCCUGGGGCGAGAGUCUCCGAAAUCUCUGUAUAACGAGGAGCUGGUCAGCAUGGAUGUGCAGGGAGACUACGACCCAUGUGACGCUUCUGGAUUUAUCAGGAUUAACGCUGUCAGGUUAAGGGAACAUAACCGUUUGCAGGGCUUCUCCGACACCAAGCACUAGUUGUUGCUAUGGAGUGAAUCACCUUUUCCUUCCUCGUCUCUCCACCUUCUCGUAAAUACGAAUAGGUUUCAACUCUGUGCCUUCCUAGUGUACCAUUUGUCUGUAUCGUCUACUGUAAGAUGGCAUCAGAUUAUAUAAAGAACUAGCACACCAGGCUCAGACUUAAAAUCUGGGACAGGGAAAUUUCUUGAAUUAGGUCUACAGAUACAGUGUGAACCCUUACUAAAAAUGUGUUUCCUUGUGAUUUAUCUUACACUUUCAUUCUUGGUAUAAGUAGCUUGAUACUGAAAAUAAAAGAAGUUAAUUGUGA